CAAAGCAGCACCACGUGAUCGCCCACUUCAACAUCAGUCACAUCGGCGCCCACCGACUCGACAACACCGGCCCCCUCGUGACCAUUGAUCAUAGGCCUGCCGUAGGGUACGAAACAGUCGCCGCGUUUACCCCAAAUAGAUGAGGCAUCCGAUCGACAGACACCCGACGCAAACAGUUUGACCCGCACUUCAUCGGCUUGUGGACAGUCCACUACCACCUCCUCUAUAGUUAAAGGUUAAAUUCAUAAUAAAUUUAAUAAUGAAGUCAAUUGUGAUAAUUUUGGCGACGCUUGCACUGAUCGACUUAAAUGAGGCGGCCGGAGCUCAGACGGUAGAGCUGAGCGCUUACAUCGAGUCGUUGUGUCCGGACAGCAGAAACUUUAUAAACAAUCAGUUGAAACCCGUUUACGACAAACUAAAAGCAGCCGAACCACAGAUACUAACCAUUAAUUUAGUGCCCUUUGGGAACGCAAAGCUCACAUUUGUUAGCAAUUCAACGGUUCAGCCAAAGCUUACCUUCACGUGUCAGCACAAGGCGGCUGAAUGUGACGGCAAUAUAAUUCAGCCUAAAUCAAAUGUGUUUUGA